AUGACAAGCACUGACACAGAUGACAUAACAGCUCUUGAGAACACCACCCUAAAUGACCUCCUAGCCAUGGACAACACCUACUGCACACGUUUACAAAUUCGAACGAAGCUCCUCAAUCAAGAACACCACGAAGUCAUUGCAUGCAACCCAGAAGCCGUCCCCGCAGUCCAAGAACUCUACGAAUGGCUCAUGGGAACGUACCUGCCCCAACGCUUCCCAAGCCUAUACCGCAUCACAGAAUCAGGCAAGCAUCUGCGGAAUCACGUCACAGAUACCCUCAUCCCACUACACAUGCCCAACGGGGAAGAAGCACUAGAGAUCCUAGCCUUCGUAAACUGCUUUCCAAGCGGCUUCAACACGCGUUCAAAACUUGGCCAACUCCUCGCUGACAUCCACGCUCCCGUCCCCGGGUACGCGGCAAAGCUAGAGAAGAGCAUGGAUCGCUUCUUUGCCAAUCUGCCUGUGGGCAAGAUCGUUAAGCGGAGUAAUUGGAGCAUCAGUACGAAUGGGGAGCUGUUCUGCUUGGAGGGUAAUCAUAUGAGUGAAGAGGAGAUGCAAAGAAAGCAAGAGGUAGAGGACGUAGAGGAUGUUGAUCUGAACAAGUCGGUAGUAAGGUGCGAAAGGCAGACGUUGCAUCGUUUACCAAAGACUGGAGCACUGGUCUUUGCGUUCAAGCUGGAUUCGGCUAACGAGAACAAGACCUACCAGUAUCCCCUACGUGAAUUGAGGGACGAGGGAAGUGGGCAGGUUCUUGCGGAAGCUAUCGACGGCUUGCGCCUGGGCAGCGUACCAGCCAUGACUAUCUACAAGCGUCAGGUCGUUUGGGGUGAUAAAGUCAAAGCGUUCUUGAGAGGAGAGAUUGAUGCUUGA